AUGGAUGCCAUUGCUGGUGACAUUGAGUUCACGUGUGGAACGCAUAAAUUUGCCCAACUCGUUGCAGAGCUUCCGAAUGCCAUUGUUUAUGUUUACAAUUUUGUGCACAAAACGCGAAAUAACGGUUUUCCCGACUGGACUGGCGCUAUGCACGGCUACGAGAUUGACUACGUCUUUGGAAUGCCAUUUUCUGAUACUUUUAAGCGUAACUUCUAUAAUUACACUGCUGAGGAGACAACACUGAGCGAAACCGUUAUGAAAUAUUGGACAAAUUUUGCUCGUACUGGGUAGGUUUAUAAAAAAUCGUUCGACUUCGAAAAGAAGUAGGCUAACUGUGCGAUUUCAGAAACUAGUCCUACCCUUUUUCUUUCAGAAAUCCGACGCCGGUUACAAAAGGAAGCAGAACGAAACCAGACUGGCCGGAGUAUGACUUAGAAUCAGGCAAGUACAUGGAAAUCGGCUUGAAGCGGGCGGUUAAGUCGCAUCAUCGCAGGGAGCAGUGCAAUGUUUGGAAUCUCCUUUUUCCCUCCCUAACACGCAGCUUUAUGUUUCUGAAAGGCAAAGUUAUCCCACAGGAAGUAUGUCCGAGCUUGGAGCAAUACCUCUACGCCCGUCGGGUGCUAUCUGAAUUUGUGUAG